AUGCCUGUAACUGCGCGAACGGAAUUUACCAAAGCGAACAAAACCCCAGGGAUAAAAAAACAUAAGCGUAACGAGGAAAACGCUCUUCGAAGAACAAACUCCCACGUGCCAAGCAGAUUGUCAGGGGUACCACGAAAGGGAAACAAAAAGGAAGCUUAUAGGAAGAACAAACAACGCCGGAAGGACCAGGAACAAACCAGCGUCAUCCCCCCCCCUCCUUUUGGAAAAAUGUUUUUGCUUAACGAGAACGAGGAAUCCCCCAAGGAUAUCCUCUUAAACGAGCUCAAGUAUAAAAUCCGAGUGUUGGCCGGGGUCGUCUUCGUGAUCAGGACCAUCCCCACGGUUUUAAGUUUAUUUAGCAAAAGCGCCGACUGA